AUUUUGAAAAAACAACAAUAAUGUGAAAUAAAGUGCCAAAAACACUAAAAUGUUGAACGGAACGACGGAAAGGGGCGGCUUGUCCUUACAGUCGUCACCAGUGAAGGUGUCGACGUCCCCAGUUCGAGCCACUUCGAGCCCGGUUCGAGCGCCCCCAUCCCCGCUUAAGUCUUCUCUCGCUAGUGGGAGGAGAUCUCCAAGAAGGUGUCAGUUUGCGGCCCCUGUUGAAGAUGCGAGGGAUAAAUGUGGAGCUUCAUGGUUAUGUCGAAGAGGGGCCGGGAUUGGCGAGGAGUCUGACCCUGAAAGGUCGCCAGGACCAAGUGCUCCUGUGCUGCAGGCUUGUGACGAGUCCGUGCCGCCACCGAAGAACUGCUACAGACUAGUUAUGUUAGGGUCAGCUCGUGUGGGCAAGACGUCGCUGGUGUCCAGAUUUCUGGGCACGAAGUUCGAAGACAGUUACACCCCAACUAUUGAAGACUUUCACCGAAAGCUGUACCGCAUCAGAGGCGAGGUGUAUCAACUGGACCUUCUGGAUACAUCUGGAAACCAUCCAUUUCCAGCUAUGAGGAGACUGUCUUUUCUUACUGGUGAUCUCUUCGUGUUGGUAUUUGCGAUGGACAGCCGCGAGUCCUUUGAAGAAGUGAUACGGCUUCGGGAGCAGAUCCUGGAGACGAAGGCUAGUGCUAGCAGUGGGAGUAGCAGAGGUCGUCGCCAGGCACCCAGAGUUCCCAUGGCCAUUGCUGGAAAUAAAUGCGACAGGGAUCUUAAGGCGCCGCGCCACGCCGACGCGCUGCGCCGCGCCUCCACGCCGCCCAUGCCCAUAGAAAGCUAA